AAAUAUUUUCUGCACCAUAAACGUGAGAACAGUAACUAAUAGUUUUUUAAGUAGUUAUUUUGCAGUCUCGACAUAAUUUAUAUAGGAUUCAGCCAUUUAAAUAAAUUCCCGUCUCAAAUAAUCAUAAAUUAAAUAUUCAUUUACUUAAUACAAUAGCAGAAAUAUUAAUAUUGAGCAACGACGGAAUGAUCACAACAUAAUAAAAUGGUUUAAAGAGUCGAUUCUCUCUUGAAUGUGAUUGAUUAGGCUUGAAUGAGAGAUCAGUAACUUUGUGUAGCUCACUAUCAUGUGGAAUAUUCUCUCCAGAGGGAUGGAUAAAGUCAUAACCUGUUUCAACAAGUGUCCGGAUGCUUCUGUCCGUCUCAUCUGUUUUCCAUGGGCAGGUGGAGGCUCUAUCCACUAUGCUCGCUGGGCCAAAACUCUCCCCAGCUCUAUUGAAGUGUACUCCGUUAGACUGCCAGGCAGAGAAGGGCGAACCAAGGAACCAUUUUUUCAAAAUAUGCAGGAGAUCCUUGAUGAGGUCAUCGGUGUCCUUCUUCCACAACUUAAAGAAAAGCCAUUUGCACUCUUCGGGCAUAGUUUUGGAGCUAUGAUCUGCUUCGCCUUUGCUGAGCAUGUCAAGAAGGUCCACAACCUUGAGCCGAUCCACAUGUUUCUCUCUGGAGCCUCUGCACCAUAUUCUGAGGCAAGACUGCAGGCACCAAGAAGAAGUCAUCUGUCAGAUGAUGAGUUUCUUAUAUGGGUAACUUCUAUUGGCGGCACACCACCAGAGAUACUGGCCAAUGCUGAGCUCGCCAAACUCUUCUUGCCUGCGCUGAAAGCAGACCUCUAUGUAGCAGACAGCUAUAGGUGUAGCAGACCAUCAAAACCCUUUCUGUCAUGUCCAGUAUCAUGUUUUGAUGGAAAAGAGGAUUCACCUCAUGACUUACAAGCUUGGAAGAUCAUGACUAGCGGUGACUUCACUGUGCAGAUGCUUCCUGGGUCUCAUUUCUACCUGAAAGAAGCAGCAAAUGAAAAAUAUAUACUGGACAUAAUCACAAAACAUAUUGAGACAGCGGAGAUGGACUAUCUUUAGAACUGAUCUGACUGCAUCCGUAUUACAAAUUUAGUUUCUUGUUAUUGUGAAGAAAAUAAAUAUAUAUAUGACAUAUAUCUAUCUGACACAGACUGUAACCAAUAAACACCUGCAAUAAUCAUUCUAUUUAUUUUAAGGCUCUGAAACAAAUAUGAAUGAAUAUAAAUAAUAGUUAAAUAUAAACCUCAAUGUAAAUAGGUAAAGCAAUCUGAGAGGAUUAAUAUAAAUCUGCAAUAUGAAAGCAAUUAUUAAACUAUAGAUAUUUAAAAAUGUUUUUAUACUGAUUUGAUUAAAAUUGUUCCACAUCA